AUGGGACAGUCUUCGUCUACGCAAAGAGACCAUCGCCGCAUCAGCCUUUCAGAUCAUUUACUUUUUCGAACAGCACGUGGACGGGAGAAUAGACAUGAAGCUAUGAGCGACGGGCGACAUUUCGAGCAAACUGGGGAAGCCGGUCCCCCUUCAAGGACGGAAAUAUUUCAUGACAAUAUCCAAACUGCUCCUUCAGCUCAACCACGGGCAGUCGCGGAGCUACCGGGACAGUCUACUUUUUCGGACAGUUGGCGAACCAGUCAUUUGGGAAACACGCGUGAAGAAAAUGGAUCGGGUUUUGACCUCGGUCAUCAACAGGGCUACCAAGAUCAUCCCUCUGCAACCUUUGCCCGCAUGACCGCGAGGAGGCAGUCUACCAUGUCGAGAUUAGGGUCCAGAAUCUUGCCAAAUUCAGUUAUCCGCGGGUUGCUAAGCAGUGAGGAAGAGACACCCGCGGAGGGACAUGCUCAUCGGCAUGGCGUUUCAAGAUCUACACCGAGGAGCGAGGUGGCUCAUAAUAGCAGUCGCUUUAGCCCCUUCAGUUCCCUGAGCUCUAGAGGCAUCACUAGGCGGCGUUCACUUCGAGCGCCUUAUUUAAUCCCACGGAGUGAUCCAACUCUGGCUCCAGAUACGUCUGCACCUCCAGCUUACCCCGACCCUGCCUCCGAACGUGCUCGAGAGUCGAACAGAGGAUCCUGGCGUCGAAGUGCUCGACUUCAUCGUGUUCGACGCUCGUUAUCCAACCCACUAUCUCAUAUGUUCGGCCAACCAUCCACGGGCAUAUCGUCCCCUAACACUGAGGGUGCAGUGCGCCCUCCUUCCCUUAGUGAUGACCCUUAUCCUCUCUUCCCUCCUUCGACAGAGUUGGAUAACCGCAUGGAUUUUGAUGAGCCCCAUGAGCCCCAUGAAUUGGAUUCGGUUGAACCGGCAGUACGGAAUACUCGUCCAGACUCUCCUGCAUCUAAUCAGUCUGCACAAGGAGUGACAAGUGCACGACAAAUCCCUAGUUUCUUGCGGGCGCAGCCUUCCCGAGUCUUGCGGCGAGAAGAACAAAUGCCUAUGUCGCGAGUCUUGCAACUGGCUGCCGCUGCGAUUGCAGCCCAACUCUCUGGCUCAACUAGUCCGGUGCUUCCGAAUAUCCAGGCUCUCGGUAAUGAUGGAUUAAAUGGCUCAUUGGAGAACUUCAUUCAAAGUCUCCACAACGCCACGUCUACACAAGCAAACCCUGGUGAUGCGCCAAAUACUACCGGAGAGAGUGGCCCUUCGCCUCCGCUCAAUUUCCUGCGGGUGUUCCGAUUUGCUAACUCGGAUCCUGCAAGGGCUUCUGACGCUACGAACCGGACCUCAACAGGGUCGGAUAACGCCAAUCACCAAGCGGACGGAAUGGAUGUUGACAACCAAACGGAGGGAACUGAAGCUGAAGGACGUACAGUCACCCUGGUCGUUGUAGGUGUCAGGUUAGUCCCAGCGAGCAACGGUCCCGGCAGUGAUCAACCCAACCCAGGACAUGACCUCGAUGCAUUGCUCCGAAUGCCGUUUUUGUCGCCAGGAAUACGGAAUCCAGACGGUGGCCCGAACCGCCCUGAUGGAGCGUCGAGAUUGUUCCCCAACCGUCUGUCAAGGGGACCGGGACCCGGCGGACUGUCUACGAAUGAUGAUACGAUACAUCAACCAGGAUCUUCGAACGUUCCCCACAGACUCUCCGAUGCAGGCACUGGUAGCCCUCUUUCUUCACUCCCUAAUUCUUCGCCAGCGAGCCCACCUGGCCCUCAUCCUCCACCUUCGACUCCUGCUGAGCCAGGUUUGUCGACAUCGGCGUCUGGUGCUUCAACACCGAGUCGCAGACCAUCUUCUACAUCGGCUAUGUCGCCGGGCGCUUUGCCGCAAGUUCACGAAAAUCAGUCAAUGCAACCUUCGGUUGAGUCGGCUGAAGAGCACUCUCCGUUGAACACCGCUCGUCAACGGCGCAGGAGUGAUUCUGAAUAUGCUCGCCACCGUGGCCUCGGCGCUGGUUCUAAUAGGCGAAACGGUGUCGUGGAGCCCGACAACGCAACCCCGCCAGUAGGUAGAAGCUGGCUAAUCUAUGUCGUGGGGGCAAACGUUUCAGAGAAUAACCUGGCGUUUGCUACCCCGAGUCUUUUUACCGACAAUCCGACUUAUGAGGACAUGAUCUUGCUGUCGUCGCUGUUAGGGCCGGCAAAGCCACCGGUUGCCACACAGGAAGAUGUUAGCACAGCUGGCGGGCUGUUCCGUCUUGUGGAAUAUGCUGGGUCCUUGGUCGCCGAGGCUGUGGAUGGCACGGGCAACAUUCAGAUUCCUGAAGGUGACCGUUGUCUAAUAUGCCUCAGCGAUUACGAAGCAGCGGAAGAACUCAGGCAGUUGACCAAAUGUCAGCAUGUCUUCCACAGGGAUUGCAUUGAUCAGAGAUUCACCAAGUACACACGCAAACCAGCUGAAGGCGGGCCGAAAAUUUCACGUUUUUCAUCCUCCGAUAACAUCGAAUACAUCCACGAUAUGUCUUCGCCGAUUCGUCUCACGGUUCUAAUAUCCGGUAGUGGAUCGAAUUUACAAGCAGUAAUCGACAAGACCAACGCGGGGCAGCUGCCCACCAAGAUCAUCCGAGUCAUUUCGAAUCGCAAAGACGCAUUUGGACUUGAACGGGCGAGACGAGCCGAUAUUCCAACUGCCUACCAUAAUCUCGUCAAGUACAAGAAGCAACACCCAGCCACUCCCGAAGGCGUCCAGGUAGCGCGGGAGGAAUACGAUGCGGAACUGGCGAGGCUGGUCCUCCAGGAUGCUCCGAAUCUAGUCGUUUGUCUGGGAUUCAUGCAUGUGUUGUCACCCAACUUUCUGGGGCCGUUGGAGGAAGUGAAAUUGAAGAUUAUUAACUUGCAUCCGGCUUUACCUGGGGCGUUUAAUGGAACUCAUGCGAUUGAACGUGCCCACGCCGCAUGGCUCGAAGGCAAGAUUGAUAAGACUGGCGUGAUGAUUCACAAUGUCAUUUCGGAGGUUGACAUGGGCAAGCCGAUCCUGAUCCGGGAGAUCCCAUUCGUCAAGGGCGUCGACGAAGACCUCGACAAGUUCGAGACGAAGGUGCAUGAGAUUGAAUGGGGAACGGUUGUUGAGGGAAUCCAGCUUGCCAUUGAGGAGCUGAAGGGUGGGAAACAAUGA